CACAGCAUCAGUCAUCACACUGGAAGCUCCAGUUGGAAGUCAAGGAGACUCUCUCACAACUCAUCUGAUCUACUCAACUCAACCAGGUUGGAGAAAUGGCCUCAGAUAACAUGACCGUAGCUGCCCUGGGUCGACCUUUCACCCUGGGAAUGCUCUAUGAUGCUCGCAGAGAUAAUCUGAUCCCAGGUUUGACAUUGUGGGAUGAUAAAACUAAAAGGCAGAUAAGCGAAAACACUAAGCCCUCCAGUAGCUAUGACAUGGAAAUAUUUGACUCCACUGAAUCCAAGUGCAAGCUGCUGGAUGUUGAAGCUUCUCUGAAGGCCAGUGUCCUGGGUGGACUGAUAGAAGUCGGAGGAUCUGCCAAGUAUCUGAAUGAUAAGAAGAAAUUCAAGAAUCAGAGCAGGGUGACACUUCAGUACAAAGCUACCACCAACUUCAAGCAGUUAAUGAUUGAACAACUAUCCAUGCAGACCCAACAGAUGGAGGUCAUUAAGAAGAGCUCAGCAACACAUGUAGUCACAGGCAUCCUUUAUGGGGCAAAUGCUUUCUUUGUGUUUGACAGUGAGAAGUUAGAGGCCAGCAGUGUUCAGGACAUCCAGGUCAGCAUGGAAGUUGCUAUAAAGAAGAUUCCUUUUUUUAAUGCUGAGGCGAAAGUUAAAACCACGCUGACUGAUGAAGAAAAAGCCCUGACAAAGAAAUUAUCCUGCAAAUUCUACGGAGACUCAAUUCUUGACAGAAACCCUGCAACAUUUGAAGAUGCAGUGAAGACCUACGAACAACUCCCAAAGCUCCUGGGAGAAAAAGGAGAGAAGACUGUUCCAGUGCAGGUCUGGCUGAUGCCGCUGAAGAAUUUCACCUCAGAAGGUGCUGAGCUAAACAAAGAGAUCAACGAUGGACUAGUAAAUAAGGCGCAGUAUAUUCUAGAAGAUUUUAAGGAAAUAGAAAUGAGAUGCAACGAUUCUCUGGAAGAAAAAGUGGUGCAGCAGUUUCCUGUGAUUCAACAAGAGUUGAGCACUUUCCAAACAUUGUGUGGUAGUUAUGCAUCUAAACUCCAGAAGGCUUUGGCGAAGAAACUUCCCUCCAUCCGUGAAGGAAAAGAAGAUGAGAGCUCACUAGACCAACUCUUUGAAGACAGAGACAAGUCCCCAUUCAGUCAGGAAAAACUAACCAAGUGGCUGGAUCGUAAAGAGAGAGAAAUCAACGUCAUCAGCUCCUUUGUAAAAACCAUAGGGGGAACAAAGAUCGUCCCAAAUCAGACAGAGCUGGACAGAGUGGUUCUUGCUCCAGGUGUAGAACAUGUUCUGUGCUUUGUUUUCACCUCGGUGGAAAGGGGUGAUACCGACCUUGAUGUGAUGGCUGACUACUUCAAGUUCCCUAAAUUAGGAAGUACCAAUGAAGAUCCAUGGUUCUACUCAAAUGAAGUCCUCACCAAAAUGAGAGAAAAAGCCAAAGCUUUCAAUCUCAUUGCCCAAGCACAGAAGAACAACAGUCGAUUCCGUUGCGUCAUAGCAACCAUUGCAAACAAGAAAUACACAGGAGCAACCAUCUACCAUUACAAGAACGGCAAUCUGGACACUGAAGACUUUACAAAACUUCAACUCCCUCCUUUGAAGACCAUCACAGACAAAAAGGAUCUGAUCUUGUAUGCCUGUGAUCUCAACCUGGACCCAAACACUGUGAGCAACAAACUCACUCUGUCUGAGGGAAACAAGAAGGUAAAAUCGGGAGCACAGCAGUCCUACCCUAAUCACCCAGAUAGGUUUGAUGACUUUGGUCAGUGUCAGGUGUUGUGCAAAGAGAGCUUAUCAGGGCGCCAUUACUGGGAAGUAGAGUGGGGUGUGAGUUUCCCUCAAAAUAUUGGUUUAAUGUUUGUUUGUGGGAAAAUUACAAGAAAUGUAGCUGAUUUAUACGAGAACACUGAUGUGUGGAACAGGAAUGUGUGGAAUUUUUGCCAAGAAUUUGUAGACAAUAUCACUCACCAACUUGCGGCAUACUACAAAGGUAAGGAAAUGUGGCACGAUGAGUUUCCCUCUGAUGGCUGUGGCAGAGUGGGGGUGUAUCUGGACUGGCCUGCUGGCACUCUGUCUUUCUACAGAGUCUCCUCUGGCACACUGAGGCACCUCUACACCUUGGAAACCACAUUCCCUAAGCCUGUUCAACCAGGAUUCAAGUUGUCAUGUGCAAACAACUAUGUGAAUCUGUGUCCAGUUAAAUAAGAGCAAUGCCUUGUGAGGCUCUUGGUCUGUAAAUAGGGUCAAUGGUUUAGAUUUAGAACAUGCUUCACAAAUCAAAAACCAUUCAUUUAAACCCAGAGGGACCAGGAAAAUUUGAUGCACUCAUCAAGUGACUGUACACAAUUUCAUCAGACCAUGUUGAUUUGAUGCAAAACCUUCUCAAACUGGUUUUUGCUUUUUUGUUUUAUUGUUUUCAUGUUUUUAUUCAUCAUACUUAAAGAGGUCCCAUGGCAUGAACAUUUAAUUCUUUUGAGGUGUUUAACAUUAAUAUGCGUACCCCCAGCCUGCCUAUGGCCCCCCCAGUGGCUAGAAAUGGUGAUAGGUGUAAACCGAGCCCUGGGUAUCCUGCUCUGCCUUUGAGAAAAUUUAAGUUCCGAUGGGCCGAUUUGGAAUCUUGCUCCUUAUGAGGUCAUAAAGGGCCAGGUUACUUCCCCUUUCUCUGCUAUUCCCGCCCAGAGAAUUUGGCCCACCCAUGAGACGGGGAGACAUCUUUUAAACAAGCAAAGUGGCAGUUGCUCAAGGCCACACACACUCAAUACCAUAUAAUGCCACAGACACAGAAAUCCUAAGGAAAGCUCAUUGUGGGAUUGGGUCUAGUUACUGUAACUCUGCACCAAGGCUGAAUUUCAGGAAAGAGACUUCAGAUACAGCAUUAGGGGACCACUAAGGUCUAUAUAAAAGAGACUUCAGAUACAGUAUUAGGGACCACUAAGGUCUAUAUAAAGAGACUUCAGAUACAGUAUUAGGGGACCACUAAGGUCUAUAUAAAGAGACUUCAGAUACAGCAUUAGGGGACCACUAAGGUCUAUAUAAAGAGACUUCAGAUACAGUAUUAGGGGACCACUAAGGUCUAUAUAAAAGAGACUUCAGAUCCAGUAUUAGGGGACCACUAAGGUCUAUAUAAAGAGACUUCAGAUACAGUAUGCAGCCAAACAGCACCAUGUCAUGGGACCUUUAAAGAUACAGAGCUUGUGUAGAUACUCAAUUGCUACAGCGUGUCAACAGAAGUAUGUUGAAAUAUAACUCCUAGCUCAUGUAAAAGAAGAAAAUUAUUAUUUGGCUUUAUUGAAUUUAUCAAAUCGGUGAUGGGAUGCACAUGAGCUAAAGUGCCUGUUGUUUCAUUUAGAAUUUUGUUCCUUUUCUUCUUUAUGCAGUACGUACUUCUUAAAUAGUUCUUUUCAGAACAAAAGAGGAAUUAUUAUGUUUGUCUGUUAAGGACUA